AUUGCAGACAAUGUAGAAGAUCUUUUUCAGGAGUCUAUUGCUGCGAGCAUUUUAACUGUUAUGUGUAACCUACAGGAAUUGAUCGAUAACAUUGGCAGCAAGAAUUGUGACAGGUCUUUUAACGCCCUUGAUAUUAUACAUUUGAUUAACAUGUCAAGCAUUAUAACCGUGGAGGAAAACAGUGAAAUAGAUGACCCAACGAUAAAUUCCCAUACCGAAACUCUUAACAGAUACUUGGGAGGGUUCAACCUUGAAAUAGAUGCGAUUCAGCCUGAUGGCGACUGCGCCUUUAGAAGUGUUGUGAGACAAGUCACUAAAAGGGCAUGUAAUGAAACACAAAUAUCAGCACAUCUGCGUUCUUUGGGGCUUCUAAUCGACGACGACAGACACAGGUUCACUUUGAGGCAACUGUUUGUGGAUGAACUUCUAAAAGAUUCA